AUGGCAACUGCAGGGGCCUCCCCCCGUUCCGGUGGUCUCCGCCAGUUCCACAGCCCUCGCGCGUGGUUUCUCAAAGCCAGGUGCUCGGGUUCCUUUCCAUCCCCUUCUUCUGCUCUUAGGUCUCCUGGUGCGGUUGCGGCUGUCGAAGGGGAAGUUUCCGAUUCCCGCGCCGCCCCCAGGAGGAGAGCUGAUGAAGAUGCCAUGGCAUUGGGCGACUCUCCGCCCACUGCCGCUAUUCCCAGUCCAUCCUUCUUUCCUAAGAAGGGGCAGACUUUGGAGCUGGUCUGCGAGAGCCUUGCCUUCAAAGGUAAGGGUGUCUGUAAGGUGGCCGACACUGGGUUCGUCCUCAUGUGCGACCAUGCUCUCCCUGGCGAACGCUUCAUCGGCCGUAUUUCACGCAAGAAGGGAAACUAUGCCGAGGUCUGUCUCUGUGUGUGUGGACACCAACAUAUAAGGCAUCCGUUAUUAAUCUGGCAUAUUGUCUGCCUAUUUGAAUCUGCGCAUUUAAUUCUGUGGGAGUGAGCGGAAAUUUAUUUGGUUCUGACUUCUUGGAGAAUCUUUAAGUCAUUUUACUUUCCUUUUUUUUGUCUUUGAAUAAAACGCUGUAUAUUUUUUGUUUUCAUAUGUUUCGAUUACUUAAUUAUGUAUAGGUACAAAAGUUGGAGACACUUUCGCCUCAUUGGGAAAACGUGGAAGCUCCAUGCAAAUAUUCCUCGGAUUGCGGAGGUUGUAAAACACAAAACUUGUUGUACGAGGCUCAGAUUAGAGCAAAAGAGCAGCAAGUUCAUGAAUUAAUCACUCAUGUUGGGAGGUUCUCUGAAAGUGAUUCAGAAUUUGCCACUCUUUUUAGGCCCAUAGUUCCUUGCAAUCUACAUUACCAUUACCGAAAUAAGGUUGGUUCCAAUCUGAAGUGCUUGUUUCUUACUUUCAAUCGAUGCAGGAUCUUGUUAUCUAUUGACCAAAGGCUAUCUAUUUUCGUAAAAAAAUAUGGUUUUUCCAAUAAUCUAUUCACAUUGUAAACCAAUCAUGUUUUCUUUUCUUUUUUCUUACAUUGAUCUUGCCGCAUGUAUAUGAACCCAUCCAGGAACAAUAAUUCGGAUUUACCAAAAAAUAUAGUGAGUUCAGAUAAAAAAACCUUGGGCAAAAACACUUUAUAUGAUAAAUAUGAGAACAUCAAGUGGCUUGAACAUCAUUUAGCUUACUUGCUGUAUAGUAAUUAGCCCGCAAGUGGAUAGUACCACCUUGAGCAUGUGUCCUGUGCUGUUGAAAUAGAUUAGUUCGCCUUCCCAAUUCUUCUUGUAAAUACGAUCUAUAGGAAGGCAUAACUAACUUGUCACUUCAGGGAAUGUCUUUUGUUGUUUUCCAACAUUUUUCUUUCUCCUAGUUUUGACAUUUCAUUUCUUCUUAAAAAUAAUUCGUCAUUAUUGUGGGAUAUCAUCUUCUUCAUAUAUGGCAACUUUUUCCUAAUGGCUGCUUUUCCAUGAUUUUAUUUUUUUUCUUUACAUUCAUGGUUACAUAUGAUUUUGGUAUUAUAUUCUCAUACAUACAAUUUUAAGAAAAUGUGAGCAAACAGUGAUCCCAGGUUAGGAAAGCGGAAAAACGUCUUAUGACAUAUUAUAGUAUAAUAAGAAGUCUGGAAGGCCUUGUUUCCUCAUCGGUCUUUGGGCUAGUAAAUUUCUUACUAAAUAUUCUGGUAGUUUAGUGUUUUAAAUCAUGAAAGUUGUUGUGCUUAGUGAUCCAUAUUAUUUUUAAUUUUUUAAACUGGAAAAUCUAUGAAAGGAAAAAUGAUGAAAUUAUGUGAAAAUUGUAUUUUCAGAACUGAGAUUUAAACCUUGGUGCAACUAUAUAUAGCAGUAAGUGCUCAUUCGCCGUAUGCUCUGUCCUUUAUCCUUUAGUCUCUGAAAUCGAACGCAAUUUGCAUAUUUGCAGAUGGAGUUUUCUUUUGGUAGCCAGAAAUGGCUACCUAGAGACCAGUUGUCCAGCAGAAGUAAUCCGGAUGUUGAUGAAUAUGCAUUGGGAUUGCAUGCUCCUGGUCAUUUUGAUAAAGUGCUUCAUGUUGAGAAAUGCUUAUUGCAAAGUGAAGCGGCUAACAUGGUACAUGAACAAUGAUUUCUUUUGUGUUUCUCAAGUAAUUUAUGUUUUUCUGAGCAGAUAUUAGCCUCAAGAGAAUGUGCGGACCUUAAUUGUUGCCUCUGUUUUGAUGUGCCUUUAUUCCACUCCAUUAGAGGCAUAUGAUUCUAUGUCUCGGCGUCAAAGUACCCACAGUUUCUCAACCAACUGACUUUCAAGAACUUAUGCUUUGAUAAUCUCCAAUUACUUCCUGAAAUGGAAGUGGGAAAUAGAAUUCUUGUGCUUUCUGUUUUGAUGCCCAGACAUAAUGCUGUCCUUCAACUCUCGUAUCCUUAUUAGUUCUUUACAAUUCACCCCAAAUUACUAGGCAAGGGUUUGUGGUUAUAUGUUGUUAUUUUUUGUUUUUCUGUUUUUAGAAGCAGAUUGGGACAUGGAUAUGCAUAAGUAAUCUUCUCCAGAGAAUGCUCAUCCUGGGACUAGUUUAAAAUAAUUUGUCUUUCCUUGAGCAUUUAAAUUGUUCAACUGCUCGCAGAUCUACUUUACUACAAGCAAGGAAUGACUUGAUGUUAUUUUGAUUAUUCUGCUAAUUGAUAGGUUCUUGCAGUUAUUCAAGACAGUUGGAUUGAUCCAGCGUUAGGUCUUUCUCCAUACAACGUUCACAAGCAUACUGGAUUUCUUAAGCAUCUCAUGCUGAGGACUGGCAGGUGCUUCUUCAUUCAGGCUUCAGUUGCCAAUCUCUGAACUUAUGUGUAUAAAAAUCAUUAAUGGCGUUUGUACUAAAGUAUUUUGUUGAACAUCUGUGUAUUCUUUCCGUGAACUCUCUAAAAGCCUCUGUAUAUCCGCUCAUUGGAUGAAGAUGUCCCGGGAUAUACUACUUGCUGAAAAUUACACAUUCAUGUCUGCACCCUCUAAUUGACGACUCUGCUACCUCAUGUAGUUAACUGAAAUGGAUCUCCUUCCAGAUUCUUUUCUUGUUGUCAAAGGUUCAGAUGUAGUAGUGGUCAGCGAUUACUAUGUAUUGAAAUUUGGUAGAUAUUUCCUGUUACAUUGGUUGAAAUUCUUCUAUACCUAGCUACCCAUGCAAGCAACAACAUCCAGGCAGGUGUAAAAUGUUUCCCGAUUACAGUCAAUGGUAUACGUCAUACAGCUCCCUUUACACAUAUUGUGACUGAUCUUGUAAUGAGAUUUCGACACGUCAGAAAUAAAAAUUAACCUAACUUAUCGUAAUGCCUCUUAUAAUUUUCAUUGACUGUAUUUUUUAUUAUCUCUUGUGUUGCUUCUAGUAAUUUAGUCUUGAAUAUCCUUAUGGUGUCUUCUUUAUGUUUCAAGCAUGAUUAGAUCACUUAUUUCGGAAGAAGACCGUUGACAAAGACCUAUGCUCAUUUGUGGUAUGGGACAAUGUAACCACUCUUGUAACCCUAUUUGCUUCGCUGUUGGAAGAUAUUGACAUGAGGUCGCAAUAUUUAUACUUGUGAAAACGUCGAUUAACAGUUGUGGGCUGGAUGUUCAACAAUCAAAUAACAGAAAAAAGGAAUUGUGUCUUUCUUCUAUAUGCCCUCAGGUGUUUAGUUUAGUUUUUACAUUUGGCUCAUUGUUUUAUUAUCUCCCUGCCUUUACUUUACGUAUUUAGUCUUCAGACUAAGAUUCUUGGAUGAAGUUACAGUAUUGUAACAUUGGAUUAACGAAUCUUAUUUUUUUUGUUCUUUUAGAGAUUGUGUGACAGGCCUUCCUCAACUGAUGGUUAAUUUUGUGACUUCAUCCCACAAUCCUGGUCUAUUGGCACCUUUGGUCGACAAGAUUUUGGAUAUUCCGGAAGUGGUCUGUGAUCAGCCUUUACCUUUACACUUCAAAGUUGCUGCUUUAAUUGAUGGGUUAAAUUUCGUUGGGUGCUAUACAUUAGUGUUGGAACCUUCCCCUCUCUGUGUUAUGCUUAGGUUAGGUUGGGAAGGUCCAUGAUGAUGCAUUAUUUAAGUGAAAAUAAAAGGUAGCACACUCUAAGGACGAAACUUAUUUUCUUUCCUAUACCCUCUUUAAUUACGAAAAUUUCCUGACUAAUCUUUAGAAAUGUGCUGUUGGCAAAAGGCAUCUUUUCAUAUCUAAAAUAAUUUUUGAAUAUAGUGGUAAAUAAAAUCCUUGUUGUUAUCAGGAUGAUUACCGGAACCAUUGUCUUGUAGUUAUGAUAUUGCGUGGUUAGAAGAAAAAAAAUUCAAUCUGUGUGAAUUUCUAAUUUUUUAGUGUAAUUUUAGCUUCAUUGUCCAUUACUGUGUGAAGAUUUUUCAUUCUUAAGGUUGUCGGUUUAAAAUAAUUCAGUUGUCAUUGCUUGUUCUUUUCCCUAUUUAUGAAUAAUUUUAUCCGUCAGUUUACAACAAGGAUGUGGUGAAACCCUUAAGUAGCUCUUCUCAAACUAUAUUAGGUUGCUAACUUCUCGAAUGGAAGUACUUGCAUUUACAGAAAAUUUUAGUGAUUUGUGCUAGUCUUUUUCUUCAUAAGGUGUUAAUACGUGCGUAUCUACUCUAACACCCUCGUCAUCUGUCUUCCUCUUCUGCAUAUGCUUUUUUUUCAUGAGGAAAUGUCAAUAUAUGGCUUUUGUUUUUUUUGGAAUUUGAUUUAUAUCCAUAUUGACUUCUUAAGGUGAGCAUUGUCAAUAAUGUGAAUACGUCACUUGGAAACACAUCCCUUGGGGAGAAGGAAUAUGUUCUUUAUGGAAAGCCAACUAUCACAGAGACCUUAAGAGGGCUUACAUUUCAGAUAUCUGCAAAUUCUUUCUUCCAAACAAACACUCACCAGGUUUGAGCAAAAACUUCUUCAUGUAGGCUGUGAAUUUUUUUUAUUAUCUUUGUUCACGAUUAGAAUCUUUUGAGAAAUAUUAAUAUUUUAGUUAUGUUCUCAUACUGACUUCCAGAUGUAUGAGAAUAAGUAGUUUCCUUAUUUUGAUUUUGUUAUUAUCUUUUUUCACUACUAGAAUCUGUUGAGAACUAUUAAUAUUUUAAAGAUGUUCUCAUACUGACUUCCAGAUAUAUAGCGUUAAUCAAUAUUGUUUAUCUUCUGUGUAAAUUUUCUUAUUGACUCUCAUUCAACAUCUUAGAAUGUGAUCGUACAUAAACCAAAACUUAAGAAAUUUUCUGGUGCAUGAGGUGAAGAAGAUAUGAUUCAUCUUUUAUCGAAAAAAAAAAAUGUCUUUCCUUAGUUCGUUUGGGAACAGACAAGAGAAACAGGUUGGUUCAAAUUUAUUUCAUGUCCUUCCAUCCGAAUAUUUGCAUCUUAUUGAAUAUUGCCUUUUCUGUCACAGCUUUUAAUGGCAGAUUUAAUAUGACAAGGAUAAAGUAUUUCUCUGCUGUUUGAUCUCAGUUUCUCUAUUUAUGUCUGUUUUGUAGUACAAUUAUCAUCGUCCCUUGAAGCCUUGUGAUGAUGUCAGGAAAAGAUCUGUUCCGUGUUACUGAUCAAUAAACAGAGUUUCUUAAUACAAAAGGAAUCCACGUGCAUAUUCAUAUGUGUGAGUCAGAGAUCUGGCAAGUAGCUAGUUCGGGCCAGAAAUGGACUCCAUUAUGUUAGGAUUGACGGAGUAUUUUUUCUCAGUGGGGUAAAAUAAUGGGAAAGUAUAUACUUACUGAUAAAAAUUGGAUUGGCAAAUUUUGAAAAACAAGAAAGAGAAUAAGCCUGGAAGCGGUGGGAACCUUGUAGAAUGGGAUCCACAUGUUUCUUUAAAUUUGCUUCAAUCUAGGAUCAGUCCAUUGUGGAAUCACCUCGAAGAAAAUCAGGGUUGUCCUGAGCCUAAACCAUAUUGAUUAUCUGUUUUUGAGGUCUUUUCAAAAUUUUGUCGAAUUGAAAAUUAUAUGAUACUGUGACAUGAAAAUUUGCUAAUCGUUGCAUUGUCUUCUUGACUCGAAUCUGAGUUGAUACCCAGAUUACGCACUUACAUUUGUUUUCGUGCUUUAAUUUUUUUCCUGUUCAAAAAGUUGCUUAGCUUACCAAUUGAGUUUUAGGCGCUAAAACUCAAUCCUUUUUUGAGAAAAUUUGUAUUUGUCAUUGCCCUGUGUACAGUGGGUCAGUCGAAGAACUCUUUAGAUGAGACUUACUUCUUCGUAUUUAAGUGGUAUUCUGGCUGGCAAUUUUUGAAGUACUAUUUUUUUUUUUUUUUCAGGCAGAAGUCCUUUAUAAGCUUAUAGAAGAGUCUGCUGGUCUUAAAGGAGAUGGGUCAGAGAUUAUCCUUGACUUGUUUUGUGGUACUGGAACGAUUGGUCUGACACUUGCAAGAAGGUCCACCCUUUGAUCUAGUAUUAUUUGUUUGUUGACCUCGAUCACAUUCAGCAUUAUAAUUCUAGUUUAUGACUGGAGGCUCUUUUGGCCAUUUUUUCAGCGUCCGGCAUGUUUAUGGUUAUGAAAUAGUUGCUGAUGCAAUAUCAGAUGCCCGUCGAAAUGCAGAAAUUAAUGGCAUUACAAAUGCCACAUUUGUGCAAGGCGAUCUGAAUAAGAUUCGAGAUGAAUUUGGAAAUGACUUUCCUAAACCUGAUGUCGUCAUCACAGGUUUUCUUUCCCUGAAAAAUUUCAUUUCCUAGUGAUUCUUUAGAUAGAGGAGUUCCAUAUUGGAAAAAAUAUAUAUAUUUCACCAACUAUUUUUGCAUUGGAUGUCCCAAGAAAAUUGCGUUCUGUUUUAAAUUUUCCUAGUAUCAGAGCCAAAAGAAAUUAUGAGCCUGCAGGUAAGGGGACGUGCCAAAUCAGUCUCGCAUUUGAAGAAAUAAACGAGUAAAAACAUGUGGUGAGAUAGAUGGGUUACCCUCCGCUCAUUAUAAAUUGGUUUUGAGUAGGAUGAAUGAAAGCCUUAAUAGUUUUAUCCACAUAUACCUGAUAAUAGAAUUCAGUCUUGUCUCAUUUUGAAGUAGAUAACUGUUCUGGGAUGGAGCUAGGACAACAUUGACCCACAUUGCUCCUGAACUUUGUGGAUUCCAAGAUAGUUAUUGAAGCCAUCCUUUCGCUUUCUCGUUUGUGGCUUUGUAUUUCGGUCUAAUUCAUUUCUCCAGGCAUAUAUGUGCUGUUUUAUGUUCUUCCUGAAGUUGCUCCUGAAAUUUUAUGUUGUUUUGGGUUGACGUCGAAGCUCCUAGCGUACAUUUCUCCAGGCAAAAAUAUGAAACUUUUACUUGGAAAAAAAUUAUGACGUUCAUCUCACAUAAACUGUAGAUCCUAAUCGCCCUGGCAUGCACAUGAAGCUGAUCAAGUUCUUACUGAGACUCCGAACUAAGCGGAUUAUCUAUGUUUCCUGCAAUCCAGCCACAUGUGCCCGUGAUCUCGAUUAUCUCUGCCAUGGUGUGGUAAGUUCAUAGGAUUCCUUGCUAUUGAUCAUUCUACUCUGAGUUGUUGAACAUUAUAUCUUAUCCAGUAUACUUGUAAUAUCAAACCCAGGCAGAGCAGAAUAUAGAAGGUUGCUACAGUCUGAAGAGUGUGCAGCCAGUAGACAUGUUCCCCCAUACUCCCCACAUCGAAUGCGUUUGCCUCCUGGAACUCGAUUCUUAG